AUUGCUGACAUCAGCCACUGAAGCCUUUGAUCUGGUAUGAACUAGAAGAACUGGAAUCCUUGGCGAUGUAUUCAGUCGACUGUAUUCAAUCAACUGUCAACCAACCACUCAACCAAUUUGUUUUUAUAUUAGCGGCUACAACUUAACCAAUUUAUCGUACAUUCAUUGUCUGCCACUUUAUCCUCCGCAUGAGGGUCGCAUGAUUUAAUUCAACGUAAGUCCAUAAAAACCCUAAAAGAAAAGAUGGACGGAAAUGUAUAUCCCCACAUUUAUGUGGAGAGAACCCUGGCCAUCAUUAAACCGGAUGCCAUCCACAAAAGUGAGGAGAUUGAAGACAUUAUCCUAAAAUCUGGAUUCACUGUUCUACAGAAGCGGAGGCUGCAGCUAAGUCUAGAGCAAUGCAGCGACUUCUACGCAGACCAGCAUGGAAAGUUCUUCUUUCCCGACUUGACCGGCUUCAUGAGCUCUGGACCCAUCAUUGCCAUGACUCUGGCCUGCCACAAUGCUGUUGCACACUGGAAGUCCCUUAUAGGGCCGGUCAACAGCAAUAUGGCUAAAGAAACUAAUCCAGAUUGCCUUAGAGCAAAAUAUGGCACUUCUGACCUGAAAAACGCACUCCAUGGCAGCAAGUCAUUUCAUGCAGCUGAGAGAGAGAUCAAAUUCAUGUUCCCAAACUCUGUAAUUGAGUCAAUUCCUUCAAAAGAGGCGACUGAAGAAUAUCUGAACAGAUAUGUUAACCCAACUCUGCUGCGCGGACUCACUGAGCUCUGCAAGCACAAGCCACUCAACCCUUGUGUUUGGCUUGCUGAUUGGUUGAUGCAAAACAGUCCAAACAACCCACAAAUAUGUGAUGGAGUCCCUGUAAAAAAGCAGAAUGGCGAACACUGAAAGACGGGAAUCAGGAUAACAGUCUGCCUACAAUAUAGUUGUGAUAUUAUCACACACACAGACACUCAAAGACUUAAAUUAUGGUUAAUUAAUUAAAAAAAAAGUGUGUUACAUGCCGUAUUUGUUAUAUGUGUGUUACACGUAAUGAAUUUGAAAUCUCACAAUAUGUUUCUAUCGAGAUAACAAGUCCAACCGACAGUGGUGAGUGUGAUGCAUUCUGAUUGCAGACAGCUGGUCUUGCAGUAAUGGGAUCAGUUACACGCAUGAAAUGUUUUGCUCCUCCUUCGCCCACUCUAGAUUGCUUAGGGGGACCAUAUACAACCGUCCACACUGGCACCAUUUUCACUACAGAGGCUCCGAGUGGAGCUCACAGGAUAAUCAGUAUGCAUGGAAUUAUGGUCUCUAUAGGCUUUCCCUUACUGCAGCUGAAAUAAAGCUUCAGUUUUUGCCAAAGACAAAUUCCAAUACGUCAGAAAGAACAAUGACAUCAAUUGUUUUCACAGUAUCAUGAAACUGACUAUUGCGAUACAUCGCUACUUAACAUUGUGUAUCCCACGAGCACCCAACAAAUGACUUCAUCCAUCCAUCCAUCCAUCUUCUACCGCUUUAUCCUCCACGUGACAGUCACAGGAGGGCGCUGGUGCCAGUCCCCGGUGACAGGGCGAAAGGCAGCGUACACCCUGGACAGGUUGCCAGUCCAUCACAGGGCCCAAAUGACUUCAAUAGGACAAAAAGGAAAUGCCUUACCUAGUACACAACAUGAUAUUAUAUACAAAAUUAUAAAAGCUUAAUCGUCACUGACAGGUUUUGCAAUCCGCAACUAAUCAGCACAUGACAGUCACUAAGUGUGACAUUUUUAGACACAGCCCUUGGAGAACUGCCAACACAGCCACGAUGUUUCACAGAACCCAACCUCAUUAUCCCCAUGCUGGAAAUUUGAGUCUGCCAUAACUCCAAUCAGAACCCAGGACAGGGUGGCCGCAGUUGAAAUACAAAAUCCCAACAGGAACACAACAGCAGCAUCAAAGAGAACGUAAGUGUACGCUGUGAAGUUAUUUUAAAAACAUAUUUCUUAUUUCAUCUGCAGGGCCUUUUAUAGAAAAAUGUUUUCAAACAUGCACCGUCAUAUGUCCUCUGCAGUAAAAUAAAACUAUGCAUCACUUCACUCCUUGUCACACAAGGACCAGCUCAUCAAAACAUGAUUUAC